AUGGCUGGUGGUGCUCCUGGUGCCAACUACCGCGGCCGCGGUGGCAAGUUCAAGAAGUACACCCGUGGUGGCGGCAAGCACUUCUCCCGCGACCUGCGCCCCGUCGACUCGGAAGGCAACGAAAUCAGCAUGUGGGCCGCCGGCGCCAAAGAAAAGGGCAGCGCCAACGCGUCCUCGGACGAAGAGGAGGAAGAUGACGACGACGAAGACGACGAGGAGGACGACUCGGCCGCCGAGGACAAGGGCCCCGUGUCGCGCGAGGAGCGCAAGAAGCUGGCCAAGGCCCGCAAGGACGCCGCCAUCGCCAAGAAGAAGGCGCAGGCCGUCGAGGUCGGCGACAUGCCGCCCAGCGACUCGGACGAAGAGGAGUCGGACGACGACGACGACGACAUGCCCGCCAACCCGAACCACUCCAAGGCCGCGCGCAACCAGACCAAGGGCCGCGACCGCCAAGAGCGCGGACGCCGGCGUCGGACGACGUCACCGAGGGCGUCAAGGGGCCCGGCGGCGCCGCGACCGCAAGGAGCGCGAGAGCGCCGAGGCCCUCGUCGCCAAGGAGAAGUACAGGCCGCGAGGCCGAGGGCGCGCGUCGGGCGGUACCACACUGAUAGGAUGCAGGCCGAGAAGGAGGAGCGUGACGCGCAGGAGGCCGCUCGCAAGACCGAGAUUGACGCCAAGGAGGCCAAGAAGCGCGAGGCGGCCCUCGGCAAGAAGACCAGCAAGAAGGCCAAAUGA